AUGAUACAAGAUUUAGGAACACUAUCGAUUAGUAUCGGAGUACAACAUUUGGAAAAGAAAAUGAAUAUGAUAUUAAAUUUAUUAUCAUCAAUCGAAUAUAAAAUACCUGUAAAACCACAAGGAACAUUUCAUAUUCUUGUUAAGUCACCUUUAGAAGAUGAUCGAGCAUUCUAUCGUCUAUUAUCUAAAUAUAAUGUCCUAUGUCUACCAAGAUCAGUAUCUUUUACACCUGGUUAUUUCAGUCUGAGUUUAACUGCAAAUGAAGAUAUGAUCGAACAAAGUCGACAUGGUUUUCAACAAGCAUAUCAAGAAGCUAUGAAUUCCUUAAACAUUGAACAUCAUUUAUAG